AUGACUGAUGAUAGUGUUGCUGAACGACAAGCCUUAAAAGAAGCAUUUCCAUCUGCACGAUUGUUGUUAUGCGCAUUUCAUAUAUGUCAAGCACUAUGGAGAUGGCUUUGGGAAUCAAAACAUGGUGUAGAUAAGGCUGAUAGACAGUCAAAAAUGUUACACUUUAGAUCAGUAUUAUUUUCUCAUAAUGAAGCGGAAGCUUUAAAAGGUAUGGACGAAUUAUGUAAAGACAAAAAUGUACAGUUUGCCAAACAUAUGACGUUCCUUAAGAAUCGAAUGGAAGAGUGGGCUGUGUGCUAUAGAAAACAUUUAUUCAUACAUGGCCAUAAUACAAAUAAUGUCAUAGAAUCUUCUAUUAGAAUCUUUAAAGAUGUUGUACUCGAAAGAUGUAAAGCAUUCAAUGCUGCUGCACUAGUCGAUUUUAUUUUCAAAGUUCUCGAGGACUAUCACAAGAGAAGGUUAAUAAAGUUUGCAACAUACAGAGUAACUAAACCUAUAUUACAUUACAAGUCAUUUUUAGAAAAAGCUAAAAACUUAAUAGUUACUAAAGUAAACAACACCAGUUAUUUAGUUACCUCGUCAUCCAAUGUUGGUGUUGAAUAUAUGGUACAAGUGAAUAAUGGAUAUGAACACUGUGAGUGUCCAGUGGGCAGCGGUGGGUCGUUUUGCAAGCAUAUCUGUGCUAUUCAUUAUAAUGGUUUUAUCAUAGAAAACAUUCCUAUUUUAUCAACUGAAAAUAGAAUAACUCUUGGGAAUCUAGCAGUUGGGAAUAAUUUUGAUCCUUCUUUUAUGACGCCAAUGGAAACUACAGAUGAUGCUACUACCAGUAUGGUAGAAAAUUCCAAUGAUUUAGGUGAAUCUACUACAAAAAAUCUUCAUACUGUAGUUACAGAAAUACCAGAUAAUGUCUCAUUCAGUGACCAAAAUGAAUUGGAUGUUCAGACCAACAUCAACUUAGAAAUUGACCAGCUUCAAGUAAAUAUGAACCGUAUAACAUCUUUGGCACAAAAUAAUGGGAAUUUAAUGGUUUUAAAAAAUCUUAGACAAUUUAACAAAUUAUUGGACACCAUUAAUACAGUAUCAGAUUUUCCUGAUAUAUUUUUUAACAGACUUCGUCGUGGAAAACUUAUAGGCACACAACCAACAUCCAGAGCAAGGCGUACAAGAAAAAUAACAUCUGGUGCUAAACGUAUACAAGCUGGUCGUCCUUCCAACUUGGAAAAUUGUAUUAAACAAAAAAAGAAAGCAAAAAUUCGUUGUUUUGGAACUAACAUCAAUAACAACGUGCCGCAUACCAAGAGCCACUAA